CAUGGCCUAGUGACAGACAGGAAGUCUGAAUUAAUUCUCUCGGCAGAGCUGCUUUUAUUUCAAAUGAAAAGUGUGUGAACUGCAGUUAUUUUUCAGGUUUGUAGGUUUGCCACUGUAGCUUUAUUUUGGCCCGUAUAUCGCUGCAUUGUGUGGUUUCACUCUGUGAGGAGGUGGUGCUGCAGUCUGAACCAAAAGGUAAUGCCAAAUUCACAGAGGGCUAAGGAGAAAACUGGCUGUUGUGGACAGAUUUCCUUUGUUGAUGCUGACUCCAAAGAACAGCACUAGCUUCAGCUUCUGAUCUUCGAAGUGUAAACAGGAAGGUUGCAGGCAUUUGUCAGCCACAAAUGUUCACUUGCAUCGUAACUGGACAGCAGUAGUAAGAGGAUGUAUCACCAAUGAGAAACAGUUGCCAAAGCUUCCUGAUGUAGAUAGGAAAAUCCUCCAAUGUGACAUGGAAAAGAAAGAGGCUGAAGAACAGAGAGAGUUUGUUAAAAAAAUGACUGAAAAACAGAAUGAUGUUCUUCAGAGAAAGGAUGAAGAACAGAAAAGCACUCUUCAGAAAGAAGAUCAAGAACAUAAACAAACUGAAGAAACAAAACGGGGUCUUAAAGUAACUGAACAACUGAAAGAAGAUCUUCACAAAGAGGACACGGUGCAGAAUCUGAUUAAAAAUGAGAAGGAGUAUUGUGAAGAUGCUUCCAGGGGGAGUAGCACCAAUGGGAAGCAGUUACCAAAACUUUCUGAUGUAGAUAAGAAAGCUGACCAAGGUGUUGUGGAAAAGAAUGGGACUGAAGAAUUGAAGGAGCCCCUUCAAAGAGAAAAAGAGGCAGAGGAAAAUAAAAGGACUCUGCAGAAAGACGCACAAGAACAUAAACAGACUGAGAAACAGAAAAUGGCCCUUCUGAAAGUGAGAGAAGAACUGAAAGAAGCUCUUCAGAAAGUUGCUGCAGAACAGAGCAUGACUAAAAAGCCAGUGGAACAUCAUGAAGAUGUUAUGAAUGUUGACAGAAGGCCUGAGUGCGAUAACCUUGUGAAACAGGAGUCAUUAAGUGAUUUAAAAGACAAGGCUAACCCUCCUGUCACUGGACUGCAGAUUCAUGAAAGAGGGUAUACGAGUUCAAGCAACACAGAUAUGGAGAAAUGUAUGGGCUUAGAUUUAAGUCUGCUUCAUAAGAACAUGACACAUGAAUUUCCCAAAAAUGAUUGUGAAGGUGCCAAAUGUGACAAGGUUUUUGAAGCAUGUGGAGUCUCUAGGGAUACGCAGAUUCAAACAGAAGAGAAAGCAUAUGAUUGUGCUAAGAGUGAAGAGAGUUCUGGACAAAAUAAAUACAGUGCAAUACAUUGGCAGAUUAAUUUUAGAGAGAAAUAUUAUAAAUGCAUUAAAUGCGGCAAGAGAUUUUACCAGAAGCUUAAUCUUGUAUUGCAUCAGCAGAUUCAUUCCAGAGAAAGUCCAUACAGGUGUGGAGCAUGUGGAAAGACUUUCUGCCAUCGGUAUAAACUAAAAGAACACCAGCUGGUCCACUCCAGAGAAAGGCCACACAAGUGUGGUGAAUGUGGCAUGAGAUUUAACCUGAAGAACGCCUUACUGAAUCAUCGGCAAAUUCACUUAAUAGAAAAGCCUCUAGAAUGCACUAAAUGUAACAAGAUUUUUAAUGAUGCCUUCCGGCUAAAGGUGCAUCAGUACAUUCAUGCUGUAGAAAAGCCAUAUAAAUGCUCAGACUGUGACAAAACUUUUGGCUAUAAGUAUAGUUUAAUGGCUCAUCAACAGACUCAUUUUUUCACAACACUAAGUACUGAAGAGGACCUGAAAGUUAAAAAAACUGGGAAACCAGACCAAGAAAAAGAUUAUUCAUGUACUGUUUGCAGCAAGUCUUUUAGCAGAAAAUGCCAGUUAGUGAGGCACCAGCAAAUUCACAGCAAAGUAAAAAAGCGACUUUUUAUGUGUGCUAUGUGUGAUAAGACGUUCUGCUUCAGUAGUACCCUGACCAUGCACCAGCGGAUAUGCUAUGGAGAUGCUCCAUACAAAUGUGAUAUGUGCAACAAAUGUUUUAGUAUUAAGAGAGAACUAAGAAAACAUCGAUUAGGUCAUUCUGGACCUAAACCAUUUAAAUGUGAUAUAUGUGGUACGGGAUUUGGUCGGAAGAGUUCACUGAAAAUACAUCAGCAGUUUCACAGUGACAAACCAUACAGGUGCUACAGAUGUAACAUAGGUUUUGCUGAAAAGUCUGAACAGAAGUUACAUCAGCAAAUACAUUCUAAUGAGAAACCAUACAAGUGCACUAAAUGUGACAAAUGUUUUGCUUGGAAGAGCUACUUCAAAAUACAUCAGAGAAUUCAUUCUGGUGAAGGAAUGUUUAACUGUUCUGUUUGUAAUAGGAGUUUUGCCUGGAAAAGUGGCCUUCGGCAACACCAGCUUACUCAUUCAAGAAAUAAGCCAUUUAAUUGCGAUCAGUGCGAUAAGGCUUUCAGCAGCAAGAGUUGUUUGACAAGACACUCCCGUAUUCACACGGGGGAGAAACCAUUUGCAUGUACAGAAUGUAACAAGUCAUUUGCACAGAAAAGCAACUUAACAGCACAUCGGCGAAUACAUACGGGAGAAAGACCGUACAAAUGUGAGGAAUGUGAUAAGGGAUUUGCCCAGAAAAGUGGCCUUAAAAUUCAUCAACGUAUUCACAUGGCAGACCGACCAUUUAAAUGUGAUGAAUGCGAUGAAAGCUUUUGCCAAAAAAGACAGCUAAAAAUACAUCAACAGAUUCAUGCCCUGGGCAUUAAAAAGUUGGACCUUGAACCCUUAAGUACUGAUUAUGGAGAAUUGCCUGAAAAUGAUUUAUAAAUGUUUGGAAGAAGCUUGAUGCAUUAAUAUAAGAAAAGUGAAGAAAGGUAGAAGCAGUUGACAAACCGUACCAGUGUGGGAUUAAGAUAUACUAUAUGUUUUAAUGUUGUUUGAGGGCAUUGGGUAUAGUAAUGAACUUUAAAUUAUGACUGCAUUAUGUUAAUGAUAUUUAUAUUUUCUUAUGAAAAAUGGGAGACCAUGUUGAUGUCUCUGUGUGAGCUAAAGAACAUACUGUGAAAAAUAUUUGAUGACUAUUACUGUACUGAAAUUGCAAAACAUAGCUUAAAUUAAGAUUCAGGUUUGCUAUUACUCCAAUACUGAAAAACCAUGAACUUCUGAGCAAUAGAAUCGGAGAAAGAAUGAGUAAAACACUGGGGUGUAAAGACGCACCGUUGCAUUAGUGCUUAAGGAAGCAAGGCAAUCGAGCAGAGUCUUUCUCUACACUUAACAUGCUAGCAGCAUGCUGUCCCUUGGCAGACAUACAUUUGUUAGAGAGUAAAUAAAUGCCUGCAUAAAGAGUGCCAUCUUGGCUUCUGUACCAUCUCCCAAAAGUAUUGCCUUCACUAACUGCACUGCUGUAUGAUUUACUUCCUUUCUUUUUGUCUUUGAUCUUCUUAAAAAUGCACUGUACUUGUCCUUUGCCAGUCAGUCCAUUCAAAAACAUUAAAAUGUGUAGAUCUGU